CUGGGCUGGCCAAAACCAUUCAAUUGUCCAUUCAACUGCUGUUCUCUCGCCCGUUGCGCCCGCUGCCAUCCUCUUCGCCCCCCGAGCCCCCAGGCACGAGAGGCACCAGAGGCACAAGCCGUACUCUAUUUUGCGGCUCCGAGAUCUCAACCGUCCUACCGGUGCCCAUUUGCGGGCGCAAACACGCACUACAGUACCCUCCCCUUGUCGGUCAUCUCUAUCGCUCGCCCGGACGCACACAGCAGUACCGCUUUCCAUCUCGUUGCGCCCGCAGCGACGCACCAACCCUUCCCCAAACCACCGCGUUUCCACCAUCCAGAGCUUCAAUCCGCGUCCAGUGUGGAACGCUGCGACGUCACAGCUGCCCGUUUUGCUUGCUUGACAGCCUGGGGUGCUUUGCUGCCAAGCGGCAAUCGCCUCUGUGGUCCCCGUACCCCAGAUUCUCGUCCCAGCUUCUAGAAGAGGAGAGGCAUGGCAGAGAACAUGUCCAUCGACAAGCACGACGCCGUCGACGGCGACACGCCCGAGUCCCGAGGCUCCAGCCUCGAGGCCGACCACCAUGCUUCUGCCAACAACGCCAACAACGCCGCUGGUAAUGCCUCUCAGGAGAACCAGCAGCCCAAGCGCAAGGGCGGCCGCAAGCCCAUCUAUGCCACUUCGGAGGAACGCAAGCAGCGUAACCGACAGGCGCAGGCCGCCUUCCGUGAGCGCCGUACUGAGUACAUCAAGCAGCUCGAGGAGGCCAUUCGCGUCCAUGAGUCGAACCUCCACAACCUGCAGGCUGCUCACCGUACUGCUGCUGAUGAAUGUCUGAUGCUUCGCUACAAGAACUCUCUCCUCGAGCGCAUCCUGCUCGAGAAGGGCAUCGACGUUCAGGCCGAGCUCCGCGCCAAAACUGGCAGCCCUAACCUGGGCCCUACCCAUGUUCCUCAGAACAUGGUACAGCCGCCGCCGAUCCAGCGCGCCAUCAUGGGCAGGCACCAAGCUCGCAGGUCCAACUCGAGUAUUGCUCCGAAACUGGAGCGUGGUAUCGGGGCCCUACCCCCGCUCCACGCUCACACCUCGACGGCAUCACCCAAGAGCCGCCCAACGCCUUCGUCGCAUGCCAACUCGCCCACCGGAACUGCAUCCGUCUUUGGCGGCCCUUCGGCCGUCUCUCCUGCCGCGUCUGACCACGCCCCCCGGAUGGCUGGCGCGAUGAAGUCGCACAUCAGCCCUCUGGCGCCCAUGAACCCUGCCACCCGGGCGCACAUGAUGUCGAGUGGUCCCGCUCGCGUCGGUACCGGAGCUCAGUACUAUCCUACGCCGGCAUUCCAGAACCACAUUGAACAGCUUGAGCAAGAAUAUGAUGCUCCGGCUGACAUGGUCGACGAUUCGGAGAUGGACACUCCGAGCGGCCCGGGGCCUUACCCCGCGCAGUAUCAAGACGGCCAACCAUCAAUGGUGACCUCGCCCAACGGCGGACACAACGGCCAUCACGUUACGCAAGGCGAGGCUGUUCAGUCGUCCCAGGCACCACACGGCGCAUAUCCUUCCAUGACCCAGCUUCUCGACAAUGGAGGCGACUGGGACCCCUUUGGUCUCAGCGCGAGCAUGGCUUUCCCCACGCAAUUCUCCUUCGACACUAGCAACAUGAGGGCGGCAUUUCAUGACAGCGUCGAGACGAAUUCUUACGACAGAGCCAACGGCGAUAACGGCUCCCUUAAUUUCCACGGCGAAAUCACUUCUUACUUCACCCGGGAGAAGUUGCGAAAACGACUCUCGAGACACAGAUGA